GCAAGAUACAGCGCCGGCCGGACGCAGCACCUGAUUAAGCGCACGUCUUGCUCACCACCAUGGCAGAUCCCCAGCAGCCAGGCCAGGUCGACGACGAAGACGUCAUCCUCAGCUUCUUCCCCGACCCCCCACCCUUCUACAAGCACUUUAGCCCUGAGAACAUUACACGCCUCAAGGAAAUCGAGCAGGAAGCUGGGCUUCCCACGGACGAUGUACACGCGUCGGCGACCAAGCUUUCAGCAGAGCAAAUCCUCGCGCUGCCCACCGAAGUCCGCUACCUGAUUCCUCCCGCGCCGCCCGCCGACGAUGCCGAGUUCCACGUCUUCGACACAGUCGCAAAGGCCCAGGGCACAGAUGUGUUUAUGAAGAACAUGGAGUUUAUCGCCGACCAGCUGAAGAUGCAGGGCGUGUUCCAGGACUGGCAGUACGAGCAGCUAUAUCCUAGUAGCGGUGACAAUAACUCUGCCACAACAUCUGCGACUCAACAACAAACAAUAACAACAAAUGCCGCGUCGAUCGACCACCAAAACUAUCUUUUCCGCUUCCUGCGCAGUAUCCUGCUCAGCUACAUCUCGCUGCUGGGCAUCAUGGCCGCGGACCCGACGUCGGAGCAAAAGGACCAGAAACUCAAGGACAUGAUGACCAUGGUGGCUAACAUGCAUGCGUUGAUCAACGAGUACAGGCCGCACCAGGCGCGGCAGACGCUGAUUGAGCGCAUGGAGGAGCAGGUGCGGCGCAAGAGGGCCGAGGUCGAGGGCGUGCGCAAGAUGGCAGACAAGGUGCGCGAGGUGCUUGGCAGUUUCGGGGCUGUAGACGGCGACGACAAGGCCGAGCACGCGGACGCAGGACGAGAUGAGAAUGGCGUCGGCAAGCAACAAGCGCGCAAGAUGGAUGCGCAGAGAGACGGGUGGGAGACUCUCGACGAGGUCCUUGGCUAAUAGAGGCCCUGGGACGAGUGCAUAUACU